CUGCCGGAAGCAGUCGUUACAGAAUGUCUGUGCUCAGUUACGUGCGGUCAAAUCUGUUUACACUCGGUCUCUUACUUCUUAUUGCUGGCUUUUCUACCCCAAGUUGGCAGGGAUAUACUGUCCACAGCUCGGACAAUGAUACAUAUACCGGACACCACGGUCUGUGGCACAAAUAUCUGUCUAACGACAGUGUCUCUUGUAAGGGGGACUUUGGAUCCGAUACAGAAGACUCCGGGUUCAGAGACGAUCUACAUAAAGUGAGAGAUUUCCUUGCGAUGAGUAUCGCUUUUUCCGUCAUACUCCUGGCGAUACAUUUAUGUUGCUUACACCUGUGUUUAUCAGAGGAGGACAUCAACGACGACGACGAAGGGUGUGCGAAGUGUGCCCUUUUAGGGGUGCAAUCACCCACUGUGUGUGCGAAGUGUGCCCUUUUAGGGGUGCAAUCACCCACUGUGUGUGCGAUGUUCAUCGUUAGGUUGGCGGUCACGCUCACUAUCUUCGGUUUGGUCUUGUCAGCGAUUUUGAUUUAUGAGCAGAAAAUAUAUUCUGGCACCAGAAAUAUUCAGGAGGAAACACAAUACAAAUCUGGAUCGUUUAUUGUAAUUGUUGUAUCCAUAGUAAUGUUUGGCCUGUCCACUCUUGUGUGUGGUAAGGAACUGCUGGACUUAAAGAAGACAUUCAUUUUACCGAUAUUAUUCGGCUUAAUUUACUUCACAAGAAAACUGUUUGAUGCUGUAGAGGAAGAUCGCCGCCGGUACAUAAUACUGUGGUCACUACAUCUCGUGGUACUGACUUUGUUUAGCGUUGGAUUAUUCAGCUGUUCGUGGUUCACUGUCACCAGUACAGGAGACAACAAUGUGACAGUAACGAUGGGGAUGUGGUUCCAAUGUCGGGAACAGUACACUCUAAUGUGCUGUAGUAGUAUCAACAACUUCUACACAGAAACACCAGGCUGGUUUUUCACGUGUCGUGAUAUCACCAUGGUAGCGUACGUCCUAUAUCUACUGGCUGUUAUCUUCAGCUCCACCCUUGUUUUCGUGCCCACAUUCCGAGUUCCACUUUUGAUAACCCACAUAUGUUCAGGUGUGACGUUGGUGGUCAGUUGUGUCCAUUACGGUAUGAACGUGACGAAGGAGGUGGAUGGACACUCACGCUUUGGUUCUGCCUUCAUCAUCAGUGUGGUUGUGUCGGCUAGCUUUAUUUUCUUCAUUAUUGAAUUUCCCAUAUCUACCGCAUGUCUCCAAGACCCAUCCCACAGCAGCAUAACGGAGCCGCUCUUAGGGAGGUCCUAUCGCAAUGAAGAAGACUACAUGACGUCAGGCGAUACUUGGCGGGAGAAGUUUUUCUCGUGGAAAGAGAGACUAACACUGUUUCUGAUACAUAGAAGAUCUCGAAUGGGGGCUCAAAUUCCAGUUAAUGAAGAAACCGAUGAAACAGAAGAUGAUUACAUGCCAUCAGGCGAUACUUGGCGGGAGAAGUUAUUCUCGUGGAAAGAGAGACUAACACUGUUUCUGAAACAUAGAAGAUCACGAAUGGGGGCUCAAAUUCCAGUUAAUGAAGAAACCGAUGAAACAGUGUGUAAAAUUUGCAUGGAAAAUCCAGUGGACACCAAACUUAUUCCUUGUGGCCACACAUGCUGCAAGACAUGCGUGCAUAGCCUACAAUCAUGUCACGUAUGUAGAAGAUCUGUAGAAACAACAUAUUUAGUUAUACAAGGAUAAAAGAAAAUUGAAUAAUAAAACAAAGACAUACCACUCGUUGUCCUUGGGAGAACUACCACCAUUUCUUCAAUAACCUGCUCGUCUGAGAGGAAACUGCUAUCAUUGAUACUAUGACAAGCUGCUCAUCAGAAAGAACUACCAAUAUUUAUACCAAGACCAGCUACUCGUCCGAGAGGGAACUGCCAUUAUAUACACAAUUGAAAUCUACAUGUCCUAGAGGGAACUACCAUCAUUUACAAAAUCAAAUGAUACUUAUCCGAGAGGGAACUGCCAUUAUUCACCAUGACAAGCUUCUCGUCUGACGAGAG